UGAUUUGUGUUUUUAUGUCACACAGGAUUUUUGUUUACAGAACCUUAGAUUACUUAGCUUUUCCGUGACGCGCGUAUUUAGGGUGUAACUAACAGAUCGAACAAUUGUAUUUUAGUGUUUACAGUUCUACUGUAUUAAGUAAACAUUUCUUCGUUCAGUUCUUUUUGCAUUUGAUUUAUAAUGGCGUCAAGGAAGAAGACUUUAUUAAAAGUGAUUAUUCUUGGAGAUAGCGGAGUUGGUAAGACAUCUUUAAUGAACCAAUAUGUGAAUAAAAAGUUCAGCAACCAAUACAAAGCUACAAUUGGUGCUGAUUUUCUCACUAAAGAAGUUAUGGUUGAUGACAGGCUAGUUACAAUGCAGAUUUGGGAUACUGCUGGGCAAGAAAGGUUUCAAUCACUGGGCGUUGCUUUCUACCGAGGAGCUGACUGUUGUGUGCUUGUUUAUGAUGUCACAAUGCCAAACACAUUCAAAACCCUUGACAGUUGGAGAGAUGAGUUUCUUAUCCAAGCCUCACCACGCGACCCUGAAAACUUUCCAUUUGUAGUAAUUGGAAACAAGAUUGAUCUUGAAAAUCGAGUGGUAUCAUACAAGAGAGCACAAGGUUGGUGUCACAGUAAGAACGAUAUCCCAUACUUUGAAUGCUCAGCGAAGGACAACAUCAAUGUGGAACAAGCAUUUCAAACUGUGGCCAAGCAAGCUUUAAUGCAGGAAUCUGACGCGGAACUCUUCAACGAAUUUCCUGACCGCAUUGACCUUAAAAAUAACGAAAGCAAACCAAAAUCUGGAGAUUGCUCAUGCUAGGCUGUGUUUACAGGUAUCUCAAGUUUGACAGUGUUUUCCACCUCCGUGAUAUUUUCACAGUGUAUUCUGGUUUCCAAACCAUCUUCAUAUGUUGUUUGACUUCUUCUGAUAAGCAAGUUUAAGCUUACAGGUUUAAUACUAAUUGGUCCUUACUCUUUAGUAAUGAAAGAUACAGAGUGUGGUUCUUCUCCUUUCAGCCUGAAAUUAAUUUCUAAUCUUCUUAAAUUCUCCACCACGGGAAGUCCACUGAUCUUGUUCCUAAUCUGUUAAACUAAUUAUAUUCGUUGUAUGAUAUUGCUUCAUGUAUGUUACUUUUAUCUUGUGAAGCAAAUUCUGAUUCUUGAUUAAAAUUUCACCAAUAGCCCAAUGCAUCUAUGCCUGGAUUUACUUUUUUUUCAGACAAAUUAAAAAAAAAACUCUUAGACUGCGUUAUGUGUUUUUGUUCCAUGUGUUUUGUGUGCAAUAAUUGUACAUAAACCAUCACCAAUUUCAUCACC